AUGGCGAUCUCUAAAGCAAUGACUGUAUUUCCCUUGCUUUGCUUUCUCUUCUCGACCAUCUCCACCUUUUCUCAUCAAAACACCUUGGUUUGUAAUGAAACUGAGAAACGUGCCCUUCUAAGCUUCAAACAUGCUCUCUCGGAUCCUGGACACUGCCUUUCAUCUUGGUUUUCUCAGGAAGACUGUUGUGGAUGGAAUGGAGUCUAUUGUCACAACAUCACUGGUAGAGUUGUCAAGCUUGAUUUGAAGAAUCCUCAUGGUUAUAAUUUCUCAUUGGGGGGCAAGGUUAGUCCUGCGUUGCUUCAAUUAGAAUUUUUGAAUUACUUGGACUUGAGCCAAAAUGAUUUUGGAGGUACUCCAAUUCCAAGUUUCCUAGGUUCCAUGCAGAGUUUAACAUACCUUGACCUCCACCUUGCUUCAUUUGGUGGACUAAUCCCUCCCCAGCUUGGAAAUCUUUCCAAUCUUCAACACCUCAGUUUAGGAGGUGGUGAUUCCCUCUACGAACCACAACUUUAUGUUGAGAACCUUGGUUGGAUUUCUCAUCUUUCUUCUUUGGAAUACCUGUUCAUGUAUAAGGUUGACCUUCAAAGGGAAGUUCAUUGGCUUGAAUCUACAUCUAUGCUAUCUUCCCUUUCCGAGUUGUACUUGGUGGCAUGUGAACUAGAUAACAUGAGCCCGUCUCUUGGGUAUGUCAAUUUUACAUCUCUCACAUUCCUCAGUCUUCCUAGGAAUCAUUUCAAUCAUGAGAUACCCCAUUGGCUAUUUAAUCUCAGCACUAGUCAUAUACCUCUAAAUGGUUUAGAUUUAUCAAACAAUCAGUUGACAGGGCAAAUACCAGAGUAUUUAGGAAACUUAUCAUCCUUGACGUCUUUAUCUCUUAAUCGAAAUAGGUUAAAUGGACCUCUUCCAAGCAGUCUGGGGCUUCUUUCAAAUUUGGAGGAUUUAGUUAUUGGAAAUAACUCCUUAGAAGGCACAAUAUCAGAAGUUCAUUUUAAUAAACUCUCAAAAUUGAAGUACUUAGACAUGUCCUCAACAUCUCUUAUUUUCAAAGUCAAGUCCAAUUGGGUUCCUCCUUUUCAACUUGAACGUAUGUGGAUGAGUUCCUGCCAGAUGGGCCCCAAUUUUCCCACGUGGCUAGAAACUCAAACAUCUCUUCAGUAUCUAGACAUUUCCAAGUCUGGAAUUGUGGACAUAGCUCCAAAAUGGUUCUGGAAGUGGGCUUCACAUAUUGAUAGACAACUGAUCGACCUCUCAGAUAACCAGAUAUCUGGGAAUUUAUCUGGAGUUCUGCUAAAUAAUCCUUACAUUGAUUUAAGCUCUAAUUGCUUCAUGGGUGAGUUACCACGAUUGUCUCCACAAGUUUCUAGAUUGAACAUGGCUAACAACUCAUUUUCGGGACCAAUUUCCCCUUUCUUGUGCCAAAAAUUGAAUGGAAAAAGUAAUCUCGAGAUAUUGGACAUGUCAACAAACAAUUUAUCAGGGGAGCUUUCUCAUUGUUGGGCGUAUUGGCAAUCUCUGACUCGUUUGAACUUAGGAAACAAUAAUCUUUCAGGUAAAAUUCCCGACUCCAUGGGCUCUUUGUUUGAACUUAAAGCAUUGCACUUGCAUAAUAAUAGCUUAUCUGGAGAUAUACCACCUUCACUGCGAAACUGCACAUCCUUGGGCUCUUGGAUUUAG